CGCAACCUGGCCAACAUUUCUGGGCAGAAGUUGCAGGGGGCACGCGUACACGCGUGGCUGCCUACUCAGUCUCCCAGCCCUGCUCUCGGCCUGCGUACCCGCUGUCCUCCAUUGAAGGAGCCGCAAGUUGAAGUGACGGCCAGGGUAAGCCGCUUGGAGCUCCUCCUGCUUCUCCUCCCUCGCCCCCCCUCUUCAUCCUGCGCCUCGCUAUUUCUGCCUCAAGCUGUUUUCAUUCGCGCCGUAGUCGCUCGGGCUCCCUGAGCGCGCCGACCAGAGACCCACCAGGGCCAACGGUGCAAGGAGGACUGUCGUGAUGGGCGGGUUGUGCUCCCAGCCCGAGACGGCGGAGGCGGUUGAGGUCCAGGACGUCCAGGAAACGAGUGCCCGCGAGCCAGCCGCCGCGACGGCACAUGAAAUCACCGUCACCCUCACGAAGACGGGUGACGCGAAACUUGGUCUCGACAUCUCCCAUUUUCACUAUGGAGAAGAGAAGAAUAAGGUUCUGAAAGUCAAGCUAGUCAAGGAUGGCAUCGUCAAGGACUGGAACGACAAGAACCCUGGCAGCACGAUCGAGACGAACGACCUCAUCACAUCCAUCAACGGCGUGAGCAGCAACUCCGAGGACAUGCUCAAGGAGGUCAAGGCGAACGAGCUCGUCAUCGUGGUGAAGAAGGGUGGCGCCCUCGUGGUGAAGUGAAUCAUGGAUGCCCUCGGGCAGAAUGGGCGGACGCGGCCCACGCUACCGGCUGAGUCCAGGCCCAGUAUCGCCCAGGUAACCUCCGCGUUGUUGGUCCCUCCUCAUGCCCCCCCUCGUUAUCGAAGACGCCAAUGGCGAACCACCGCAGGCCCUGGCUUCUGGAAACGCCUACGUGGCCAAACAUUGGCCGAAGUCUUGCCAGGCUACUGGCCUUCGUGUUCCCUCAGGCGUCAUAGAUCCCUUGGGGGAGCACUCGUGGGAGGAAGAGGGGG